AUCACUGAUACGACUGAACUGUCAAACUGCAAAAGUUAUUCAUUUGAAAUUUGAAUUAGUAAAUUACCUAUUUGGUGGCCAAAAUAUUAAAAGAACAAAAAAAAAUAUUGGAAAAAAGAAUCAUGGAUUUGCAAAAUAGUUGGAAGUGGUCGAGUAAUUAUGACCUGACCAAUUACACCCUAGUAGUGCCCAGUGUAGCUGUUGGAAAUGUGGCACAACUUGCAUGUGAUCUUUUGAUCGCUACAUUACGGAUGGAAAAGCUAGUUUCGAUUUAUACUACAGCUCAAGUUCCUUUAGUUGGAUGUGACCCGUACGAUUUGGUUUCAAGUACUCUAUCAACCUCCUGUGAGUUAUAUGUAUCGGCUAUUCACAAUUUGCUUGUUCUUCAAGUCAGAUCUCCACUUAUACAAAAACGAGCACGAAGUUUCUUGGAAAAUUUAGUGGACCAGUUUCAGCAAAAGCAAAUUAAAGAUAUCAUAAUACUAUCAAGUAGUUUUGCACAUGAGAAGAAGUACAUAAUGACAUCACCAUUCAGAUUUAUUGCAAGCAAUAACACACCUUACUCGGAGCGAAUUCAAAUGGCAAAAUUGAUUCCACAUGAACAACAUGAAAGUGACAUUAAAAUAUUUGGUGGUGGGUAUGCUGUCAUGCUAUUUAAUAUAUGUAAAGAGAAAUCCCUACCAUGUCUGUGUCUUUAUAAAUACUGCUCAGAAGGAGACAAUGUACCUGAUGCAUAUGAUAUGGUAGAACAACUUCAAAACAUCUUUCCACUUUUGGAUAGAGAUCAAAAUCCUACCACUCAAUUCAUGCAACCUGCCUCAUGGAAACUUUUAUUUGGCAGACCACCACCACAAGAGAUCUAUUAAUUAUAAUGAAAUUUUUUAAAACAUUG